UCGGUUGGAAACAAAGUCGUCACGCAAAAGGCUCCAACCUGUUGGCUGGCUCAGCUGACUGUUAUCCGCAUGCCUAUUUUCAUUUCGUUUCCUCGCGUGGCACAGCCGGAAAAUAAAAACUAUCGGUAGUUAAGCCAGAAGAAAAGCGAAAGUAAGCUCGCGAGGCGUCAAGGCUUAAUUAGUGCUAAAAUUAAAACCUUUUACUAGUCGAUUUUCCGUGGCUUUUGUUUGCUCCUAUCACUAACACCAAAACCCUCGAAAAGGGGUGAACUUACACCCACCAACGGAGAUCGGGCGUCCAAGUGGGUGAUUCCUUAUUUCUAAGCGCACCCCACCCUGGUGAAGAGACCCCAGAAGGCGCCAUAGAAGAAAUUUCCGCCCGCCAUGCUUGGUUCGUUUAAUUAAUAUAUAAAUAGAUAUGGGCCCAGUAAAAUUGCAACCAGUAAACUUUCUUCUCUCAAACCAUCUAUACGUGUAUCGCAAUGAAGUUUACGAUACUAGCUGCCUCUCUGGUCGUUGUUUGCACGGCGACACUUGUUUUAGGAUCAAAACCGGCAGGUCAUGCUGGUGUUGACGGCCAACUAGAACAGACACCCGCCGAGGACCGGCAGUGGAAAGUGGAAAAGCGUCACACCGGAAAGAAGAUCCACAUUUUUCUCGGAAAAGGUUCAGGGAAGAGCAAAAAGUCCAGCAAAAAGCAUGCCGACAGCGAUGGAGCUGAAACGCAAACACGUAAAACACCCGAGUUGACAACCCGAUCGGACAAGGCCGAAGAUUUGGCCGCCUCGGCCACAUCCGACGCGCCAGACGCUGCCGUUGGCGAAAGCCAACACUACGAAGUCCCUGAGCACCAAAUCGUGAAGGAGAAGAUUAAGAUCAAACACCAUCACCACCAUCAUCAUCACAACCAUGUGAAGACGGUGGUCAAAAAGGAACCCUAUCCUGUUGAGAAGGUGGUUCAGGUGCCGGUCGAAAAAAUCGUUCACGUACCCAAACCGUACCCAGUGGAAAAGAUCGUAGAAAAGGUGGUUCACGUUCCGGUUGAAAAGAUUGUUCACGUGCCGAAACCCUAUCCAGUUGAGAAAAUAGUCGAGAAAGUAGUCCAUGUGCCCAAGCCAUACCCAGUAGAGAAGAUCGUUGAAAAGCCCGUACAUAUUGCGAAACCUUACCCAGUCGAAGUGAAGGUUCCGUAUCCUGUUGAAAAGAUUGUUCACGUCGACAAACCCUAUCCAGUCGAAAAGAUUGUUGAGAAAGUAGUGCACGUUCCAAAGCCGUACCCAGUUUACAAACAGGUUCCAGUUCCAUACGAGGUGAAGGUACCAUACGAAGUACCUAAACCAGUUCCAUACCCAGUUGAGAAGAAGGUUCCCUAUCCAGUAGAAGUUAAAGUACCAUUUGAAGUCGAACGAAAGGUACCAGUACCUGUGAAGGUGGAAGUCGAGAAGAAGGUUCCUGUCCCUGUCAAAGUAUACGUACCGGUUGAAAAGAAGGUUCCAUAUCCAGUUCCGGUGAAAUCCCAGUUCCCAUUCGAUAAGGACAUCGGAUAUGCCUCAACCAAACUGCAUCCAUUCGAAUCCCAGCAACAUGAAGUGAGACAUUACGGCGACGAGUACUCUAACGGCGAAGAAGGGUAUAGAAGAACUACAAAGACUACUUACAAGAAGAAGUCAAAGAAACAUAAGAAAACAGAAGACUAUCAACAGCAACAACAAAGCCAACAGCACUCUGCACCAGUGACUGAAGAUAAUCAUGAAAAUCACUCUGGACUGUCCAGCUCUUAUGCUAAUAGCGGAAGCUCGGAAAACUCUCAGCUACAUCAGAACGGUGCUCACUAUUCACACACUACGAUCUUCACUCAUCCGCCAUCGCAUGCUCACAGCAACUCACAGCAACAGCAGCAGCAGCAACAUCAACAGCAACAUCAACAACAACAACAACAACAACAGCAACAACAACAACAACAACAACAAUAUCAACAACAGCAACAAUACCAACAUCAGCAACAAUACAAUAGCCAAGACCAACAACAAUACAACAGUCAAGAAAGUACCAACUACUUCAACCAACAACUUCUUCAAUACAGCCAACAGCCCAAAUACGGACCAUCGACAUUCCCACAGCAAAACGACUACCAAUCGCAGGCUACUAGCCAGGAAAGCCAUUAUCACCACAAUGACCAUUACGGAUCGGGUACGACACAACAGGAGGUCAUCGUGACUCCGCCGGCCAACACUGCCCAUCUCACAUUCGAUAUGUCCCAACAAUCUAUGCCUCAAGCUUUCGCUCUCACAGCACCGUCCAAUCCGGGAACUACGUUGCAGCUUGAAUCCCAACCACAGCCAUUCCAGCUUCUCCAAUUAUCGCCCUUCCAGUUCCAAACCCCCACCGGCUUCUCCCUGCCAACUGCCAGGUAAACGGAACUGCCGGAAACGGAAACGUGGUGGAAAGGUUUCGUGAAGAAAAAAAGACUGCAAAUCAACCCCCAUCUUCUCAUGCACUGUUACCAAUUCGGAAGGAAUCCCUCCGAUGUCAUAAACUAUUUAUAAGCAUUAACCAGUGCUCUUGCUCUAGAAGUGUAUUUUGUAAAACUUAAGCUCCACCUAUGAAGUCUAUUUUUGUAAAAUAGUAUUGUUGUUGAACCAUUUCCUAGUGUCCUUAGUAGUUAAGCUUUUCGGCCAGGUUAGCACAAUGUUAGGAUCGUGGGCCGCUUGUAGCGAAACGUAGCUUGCUGACCUUGUGCUGAUUUUAUUAUUGAUAAAUCAUACCAAAGCUCAUUAUCAAUGUAAACGUGAUAUUAAGAUAAUUUUCUUUUCUCGGCUAGCUUAUUUUCCUCCAACAAAAUUAGACGCAUAUAGUUACCAAACCUUCACAAACUUGAUAUUUCGAAAUUUUCAAUCCCAUAUACAUCGCCGAUGGUUUGUCUUACUCUCAUGGUAUGAAAGUAAUUUUCAAUUUAUUGGCCAAAGUUUAAAAUGCGAGCAUUAAAAUUGUUUUAUUAAUGAAUAACUGUGACAUUCUAGGAAAUAAUGAAUGUUAAUUUAAAAUACUAUUUACCUGUAGCAGAUUCCGAUUAUAACAAAAAAUGAGAUUAUCUAAAUUCAGUGAAAACAUUGUUUAUGCCAUGAGAGAAGAAGAAUGACUCCCAUCAAUACAUAGUAUUUUCGAUUGCUUUACGGUCUAGGGAAAAUAUUGCCUUGAAAAGAAAACUAACGAAUAGUGAAUCCUUGUGUAAAUAUUAUACUUCCUUCUAUUGAAGAAACUGUUUGUGGUAAGGCAGAUUGAUUGCUAAUAGUUGCAAAUACAUUGAAAAAAUCGAAAGAAAA